UUCUUCUCUCACUACUCUGAAACAGUAUUCUCCCUGUCUGGGAGAACAGGACGUCUCUGUGAUUAGGCCUGAAGUCCCCUACGCCCUCAGGAUGGUCCUCGGACCCAGUUGCCAGCCUCAAUGUGGACUUUGCCUGCUGCCGCUGCUGCUGCUUCUGGCCCUACCACUCAGGAGCCAGGCCGGCGCUGGCUGCUAUGGGAUCCCAGGGAUGCCAGGCAUGCCGGGGGCCCCUGGGAAGGACGGGCAUGAUGGACUCCAGGGGCCCAAGGGUGAGCCAGGAAUCCCAGCCGUCCCUGGAACCCGAGGACCCAAGGGUCAGAAGGGCGAGCCUGGCAUGCCUGGCCACCGUGGGAAAAAUGGCCCCAUGGGGACCUCAGGGUUGCCAGGGGACCCAGGCCCCAGGGGGCCUCCCGGGGAGCAGGGUGAGGAGGGUCGAUACAAACAGAAGCAUCAGUCGGUAUUCACGGUCACCCGGCAGACCGCCCAGUACCCAACGGCCAACGCUCUCGUCAGGUUCAACUCGGUGGUCACCAACCCUCAGGGGCAUUAUGACACAAGCACAGGGAAGUUCACCUGCGAAGUGCCGGGCCUCUAUUACUUCGUCUACCACACAUCGCAGACGGCCAACCUGUGCGUACACCUGAAUCUCAACCUUGCCAGGGUGACCAGCUUCUGCGACCACAUGUUCAACAGCAAGCAGGUCAGCUCCGGAGGAGUCCUCCUGCGGCUUCAGAGGGGCGAUGAGGUGUGGCUGUCGGUCAACGACUACAAUGGCAUGGUGGGCAUAGAGGGCUCCGACAGCGUCUUCUCUGGUUUCCUACUGUUUCCCGACUAGAACGGCAGGCUGCUUCCAGCCCCCAGCCACCCACCUCGCUCCCUCUGCUUUCCCCCAGCCUCACUCGGACCUCUUCCUCCAGGAAGUCCACCCUGGUUCCUGAUCCAUCGACCCUGUGUCUCCUCAGAGUUUCUCUGGGAACUACCUAAUGGUAUUAUUCCUGUGGCCAUUUAUCAAUACCUUAUGAGACUAUUUUGUUAUUGUUGUUGUUCAGGUGGGAAGAUAGAGAAAUAAAUAGAUCACUAAAUAA